AUGCGCAAACUUGGCCGCUACCCCAUGGGGCUGGCCCCCGAUACCAACAUUGGAGUGGAUGAUAAGAGUAACCAAGUUCUGUGAUGUGCUAAAGAAAGUGUUGACCCUGACUCUUUGACAGAGAAAAUUAAAAAAGCAAUAUACGAGUUACCUUGUGUCCACUUUUGCCGCUCCCAAUGCCAGAUAAAUUUCAAAGUCAGAAUCUUGGAUGUGCUAGCCAGGGGAGAGCUAUAUGGCUAUGUCUGUGUGAUCAGAGUGAAGCCAUUCUGCUGUGCAGUGUUCUCAGAAGCUCCCAGUUCAUGGAUGGUGAAGGAUGAGAACAUCCGCAGCCUGACAACUGAGGAAUGGGUAGACAUGAUGAUGGACUCAGAUCCAGAUCGUCGAUGGCUGUGCAAAGACUUUAAAUCUCAGCUGAGCCCGUCCAGUGGGCCUCCCCUUAGCAGACCAGUGUACGCCAAGAAAGGCCUGGAACCUAAGAAGGAUCUCCAGCAACUCUUAUUUCCAGUGCCCCCAGGACAUCUGCAAUACACUCCUGAAUCCCUCUGGAAGGAGCUGUCCGCACAGCAUGAAGGUCUGGAGGAAUUAAUAGAGAAGCAAAUGCGUCCUUUCUCCCAGGGAAUUUUGGUCCUCUCUGGAAGCUGGGCUGUAGAACUGAACUUGCAAGAGAAGCAGGGAGUCAUCUGCGAUGCUCUGCUGAUAGCACAGGACAGCCCCCCCGUUCUCUGCACCAUUCUCCGGGAGCAGGACGCAGACGAGUUCUACUGCACCCGCACCGCCUUCACUGUGAAGCAGAAGCUGGUGAACAGGGGCGGCUACACCGGGAAGCUGUGUGUCAGGACCAAGGUCCUCCACCUGAGUCCUGAGAGCCAUGCGGAGUCCUUGGCGGGUUCCGGCUCCACCAUCGAUUACCCCGGGUCCCAUAACCUUGCAGACACCCAGCAAAUGGAAGCCUUGCUGCAGUCCCUUGUGAUUGUGCUGCUCAGCUUCAGCUCUUUCUUGAGUGACCAGCUUGGCUGUGAGGUUUUAAAUCUGCUCACAGCCCAACAGUAUGAGAUCUUCUCAACAAACCGCCGCAAGAACAGAGAAUUGUUUAUCCAUGGCUUACCUGGCUCAGGGAAGACCAUCAUGGCCAUGAAGAUCAUGGAGAAGAUCAGGAAUACGUUUCACUGUGAAGCAGAUAAAAUUCUCUACGUUUGUGAGAAUGAGCCUCUGAGGAACUUCAUCAGUAAUAAAAAUAUCUGCCAGGCAGUGACCCGGAAAACUUUCAUGCAUAAGAACUUUGAAGAGAUUCAACACAUCAUCAUCGAUGAAGCUCAGAAUUUCCACACUGAAGAUGGGGACUCGUAUGAGAAGGCAAAAACCAUCACUCAGAGACAAAAGAAUAGCCCAGGAAUUCUCUGGAUCUUUCUGGACUACUUUCAGACCAGCCAUGUGGUGCACAGCGGCCUUCCUCCUUUCUCAGCCCAGCUUUCAAAAGAAGAGCUCACCAGAGUGGUCCGCAAUGCAGAUCCAAUAGCCAACUAUGUACAAGAAGUAAUGCAGGUAAUCAUAAAGAAUCCUCCACUUAUCCCCUGUGAGUCCCUGGAGAUACUUCUUGAAGCUGAAUAGGCUCAGGGUGUUCAGGGAACCUUAAAAAUUAAGAAAAACUUGACUCUGGAGCAAAUAGUGACCUAUGUGGCAGAAACUUGCAAACGUCUCUUUGAAAGGGGCUAUUCUCCCAAGGAUGUUGCUGUGCUUGUCAGCACCACGGAAUAUGUGCAGCGUUAUAAGCAUGAGCUCCUGAGAGCACUGAGGAAGAAAAGAGUGCAGCUCAGCAAUGCGUGUGACAUGUUGGGUGAUCACAUGGUGUUGGACAGUGUCCGGCGAUUCUCAGGCCUGGAAAGGAAUAUUGUGUUUGGGAUCCAUCCACGGACACCUGAGUCAGCUAUCUUAUGCAACAUUCUUGUCUGUCUGGCUUCCAGGGCAAAACAACGGCUAUAUAUUCUGUGGCAUGGUGACUGUUAGGAAGAAUCCCAAACCAAAACGAGAUGAGGCAAUUGCUGUGUAAAUGUCCAUGGGUGAACAUCUGCUUGGUGUGGGCAGAAACUUUCUUUUUGGUUCACAGAUCCGCUGGAGAUUUGGGCAGAAUUGACACACAGAAUUUGGAACUUCCCCUCUCUGGCUCUCUCCUUUCCCAAUUCCUUCCUGAACUCCUUCCAGCCGCUAUUUUUACUCCAAAUUCUGAUCCCUGAUUCUUCCAGCCAGAAUGGUGACGGUUUUCUAUAGGAGCUUUAGCCACCCUGCACAGCGCAGACUGUGACCUACCUCUGGUUAAAAGCCAUAAAAACAAGAAACUUGUCCUGUGGCCCUCCUUUCUUCCAAGUCUUAACUCUCCUCAGUGACUUCAUGCAUUUUUUUGUUUUCUAACAUUUGU